UCUGUUUAUAGAUGAAUAUCACACUCGCAUAUAGUAACAUAUAAGCUCACUGAUUUACUUUUUGAGUCGCCGGAAAAUAAGAUUCCGGUGAACUCGAUAGAAAAGUAAUUUUAUUGAUACUGAAUUAUAUACAUAUAGACAUAUAGUUUCUUUACAUUUUUGGCCUUGUGAGGAAUCAAGAAUAUUCCGGCGACCAACAGGCCAAAAACAUCAAGAUUUUUUGGGCUUAGUUAUUUUGAUAAAUGGCCAAGGGCAGGAAAUUAAUGACCACCAGCCGCAGCGAAAUGUUUCUAGGAAGCUUCUGCUACGAUCAAGGUGGCGCAGCCGCCGUCAACGGUGGAUCGGAGCUGGACGAGGAUGAAGUUUGGUCCAUUGUUGACGACGCAGUCAAAGGGGAAAAUCACUCAUCUGGGGGCGAGUGGAGCUCACACGCCGGCGGCGGUUACUUGAGUCGCCUCCCGCAGCCUCGUACUAGCCGCCACCAGCGCCGCCAGAUUGGUGGCUUGUCAUUGGCCUUUGAUGAUUCGGGCAGGGGAUCUUCACCGAGCAUUGUGCACCAAAUCCGCGCAAAUGACAGCGUGGCGGAGUCUCCACAUAGACGCCAUCUCGCCACAUCGGCUCCGGUCAACGUGCCCGAUUGGUCAAAGAUCUACCGGGUCGACUCGGUCGAGUCGUUGCACGACUCGGACGAGGGAUUGAUUGAUAAUUCGGAAGUUGUUCCACCGCACGAGUAUCUUGCUCGUCAAUACGCGAGUAGCCGGAAAAUGGCCGCCAACUCGGUGUUUGAGGGCGUCGGUCGGACGCUCAAGGGACGGGACCUGAGCCGGGUUCGAGAUGCGGUGUGGAGUCAAACCGGGUUCGACGGCUAAUUAUAGUAAGGUUUAAAUAGUUUAUGCGAGUUUUUAAUAUUUAAAACUUUAAAUGAUAAUUAUUUAAAGUCGGAGGCAAUGAAUCAAAUCGAGUGAGUUCACUAGGAAGCGAUUGAGCCCAAAUGAUAAAGCUUUGAAAUUUUUUUAUAGUUUCUCUUGUUCAUAUAUGAUUGUAAUUUGGUGUUGUUAUCUUCUGCAUCAUUCUUUUUUGGUUUUUUUUUUUCCUAUUAUUAUUCAAGAUAUGUGUAUAUUAGUUCUAAAUGUAAAAUAUUUGAUCUUUUUAUAUAUAUCAUGAGCCUCAUUUACAAAAA